AUGCACCGUGAUGAAUUGGAUUGGAAACACUGGACUCAAUGCAAUGGCAUUCCUAACCCUCUAGUUUUACAAGAAAUUAAUACAUAUCUGUUUUUCGAGAGACAAGUAACCUACACUAAUGACGUCCAAAACACUUAUGUAAAUAAAUGUUUAGAGAUUUUCAACAUUAUGGAUGCCAUCAAUGACAUUGUGGAUUUGCCACUGGACUUAAGUAAGAUAUUCUAUUAUUGCAUAUAAGUUUAUUCUCUUUACUUAAAUCAAAGUUUUGUUCAAUUAUUAACUUACAUGAAGUUAGCAUUACACUGUUGACAGAACUUUUCAAAAAAUAUUCAACAAUGUUCAAAUAGACUUUUUGGACAUUAUUAAAAACCUGUUGGAAUUUAUCGGAGUCCUUCUUCUUAAGCCGGAAUCACACAAUGCGUAGCACGUCACGUAGAGUGUGAAAUGGUAUAGUGCGUUACAGUUGAUGCAUCGUCUGAUUGAUGUUGCGUGGUAAGAUUUGUAUGCACGACGCGCGUCCCUAUGUCACACACCAAAGGAAAAUUGGCAUGGCGAGUCUUAUCAAUUUAACGGCGUGUUACCGUGUUAUCAUUUUCAUACUUUUUUACGUGCGUGGGCACGUGUGGACGCUAUUAUGAACCCACGUGAACCCAUAGUAAUUAUUAUUCAAAAGGGGGACCAUAAUCAAAACCGGGAGCUAAAAUGUCUAUAUAUAAACCGAAGGGGUGGAUAAGCAUAAAGCAACGGCACCAGCAUUGGCGACAGCACAUAAGCAAACGUAUAAUCAAAAUAUUAUGAAAAUACUAAAUAAUACGGAAAUGAAAUAAAAGAGAUAGCCGUGACGCGACAGCGACAGUAACGCAUAUGAGGUAAUACAAAAAUGUAUAAUGAAACGAUAAAGUCAACAACCAAAAAAAGUGGGAAACCAAAAGCAAUAGUAAAAUGUAACUUUUUGAAUUUGUCAAGUUAUGCGUAACACCGCGUGAGAGUAUGGUCGUAAAAUAACCUAAUAAUAUUUAUAAUGAAACGCGCAAACCGAUUAGCAAUACUAGAUUCCAGGAAGUAUAAACAAAUAGGAACAAUUCGGAGAACGAGAGAAUAUUUUUUAUAUUAAUACCUAGAACUAAAACAAUAGUAUCGAUACCUAUCAGAUGCGCGUGCCAAAAAUAAAAAUAUUUUAUUCCAUAAACAAGAAAAUUGUCAAAGAUGUGUACGUGUACUGUGGUAACACAUUAUGUUAAGUUAAAAAUAAUAACCCAAUAAUUAGUAUUUUAAAUAAAACCCAAGUAGAAAAAGAAAUAAGAUUAAGUGAAUUAAAUAAAAUACUUAACUUGAAAUUAACUUUAAUUAACUUGAAACGGAAUAUAAUAUAAUACAAUAUUCGGAAACAUUCCAUUUAGAGGGGGAUAUCUUAACAAUUACAAAUGCAACUAAGCACGAUAUACAUUUAAAGGAAUAUCAAUUACCUAUACAUAAACGACCUUAUCGAUUACCUUUUGUUCAACAGGGAAAAAUAAAUAAUCAAAUUUAAAAAAUGAUAGACGACGAUAUAAUUGUGCCGUCUAUGGGUCCUUGGAAUGCACCAUAGCUUUUAGUUAAAAAUAAGGCAGUCGCAAGUGGGAAAGAAAAUUUUAGAAUAGUAAUUGAUCUCAGAGCAAUUAACGAAGUAACUCGAAAUUAACAUCACCCACUUCCAAAUAUAACAGAAAUCCUUGAUCAGUUAGGUCAAUGUCAGUUAUUUAUCGUUAUAGAUUUAGUAUCGGGAUUUUACCAAAUACCUUUGGCAGAUCCAUCGCGUGAAUUUACGGCAUUUUCAACUAAUCACGGAUAUUUUUAUUUUAAACCAAUGGCAGUGGGAAUGAAAACUUCACCCUCCACUUUCCAAAGACUUAUGAGUAAUGUAUUAGCAGGAAUAAUAGAUAUAAAAUGCUUAGUGUAUUUAGACGACAUAAUCGUUUACGGGAAAAAUUUAAUCGACCAUAACAAUACAUUACGCGAAGUAUUCGAACGACUAAGAAAUAAUAAUUUAAAAAUCCAACUCAAUAAAUGUGAAUUUCUAAAAAGGGAAGAAUGUGUGUACUUAGGAUACAUUAGAACCAAACACGUAAUAAAUCCAGAUCCGAAAAAAAUCGCUUUUUACAAAACCGCUUAUAUUAACAACUGA